GUCAACUUCAAUGCGCCGUGUUGCAGUUGGGUCAUGGCCGGAGUUUUACGAGGGAUAUCAACUGCUCUGUAUAAACUGAUCAGCAGACCACCACUUACAGUUUAUCGUCUGAGGUCUAGCAUGGCUGGAUAUCUGAUCGACGAACCGAAAUACGCCUGGCUGAAGGAGUUGGGUUUAUCGUCGCAGAAUGCUGGUGUGUUUGACGGAACAUGGCAUGGCGCGGGAGAAGUGGUGACAUCCAUCUGCCCUACAAAUAACAAACCCAUUGCGCAAGUCACUCAGGGAAGUCCUGCAGAUUAUGAGAAAGCAAUCACAGCCAGCAAGCAAGCUUGGGAGGUCUGGUCGGAUGUGCCAGCUCCAAAGAGGGGAGAAAUUGUUCGUCAGAUUGGUCAUGCUCUCAGAGAGAAGCGCCUCCUUCUGGGAAAACUGGAAUCUCUGGAGAUGGGGAAAAUUUUACCUGAAGGGGAAGGGGAGGUGCAGGAGUUCAUUGAUGUGGCAGACUUUGCUGUGGGUCUCUCCAGGAUGUUUGCAGGACAUGUGUUCCCAUCAGAGCGUCCAGGUCAUGUUCUGAUGGAAAUGUGGAACCCCUUAGGCGUUGUGGGAGUCAUCACUGCCUUUAACUUCCCAGUGGCUGUGUAUGGUUGGAACACCAGUCUGGCUCUUGUCACUGGCAAUGUUGUUUUAUGGAAAGGAGCCCCUACAACUCCACUGACCAGUAUUGCUGUUACAAAAAUUGUCUCUUCUGUGAUGGAAGCUAACGACAUGCCUAGGGCUACCUGCUCGCUGGUGUGUGGAGGGGCUGAUAUAGGGAAUCUGAUGGCCAAUGACACUCGAGUGGACUUAUUGUCCUUCACAGGAAGUACUGCAGUUGGUCACAAGGUCUCCUUAGCAGUUCAGGACCGGUUUGGCAAGUUUUUACUUGAAUUGGGUGGAAAUAAUGCCAUAAUAGUGAAUGAUGAUGCAGAUCUUGACAUGGUGGUUCAGUCAGCAGUAUUUGCUUGUGCAGGAACUGCUGGUCAGCGAUGUACCACCACACGUAGACUGAUCCUGCAUGAAAAGGUACAUGAUGAAGUUCUGGCGAGGCUGAAGAAGGCAUACAAGAAAAUCCGCAUUGGUGAUCCACUGGAAGAGGGCACAUUGUAUGGACCGAUGCACAGUAAACAAGGAGUGGAACUUUACAAGAAGGCAGUAGCCGAUGCCAAGGCCCAGGGAGGGACAGUGGAAUAUGGGGGACAGGUGAUAGAUGGCCCUGGCAACUUUGUGGAGCCCACAAUAGUCUCUGGAUUAAAGCAUGAUGCAGAAAUUGUUCACCGUGAAACAUUUGCCCCUAUUGUUUAUGUUCUCAAGUGUAAGAGCUUUGAAGAGGGAAUACAGUAUAACAAUGAGGUGAAGCAAGGUUUGAGCAGCAGUCUCUUCACCAGAGACCUCAGCCAAGUCUUCAGAUGGUUGGGUCACAAAGGCUCGGACUGCGGAGUUGUUAACGUAAACAUCCCAACCAGCGGUGCUGAAAUUGGGGGAGCGUUUGGUGGUGAGAAGCACACGGGGGGAGGUCGUGAGUCUGGCAGCGACGCGUGGAAACAGUACAUGAGGCGAUCAACCUGUACCAUCAAUUACAGCAAGGACCUACCCUUGGCUCAGGGUAUCAAGUUUGAAUGAGGAGGAUCUAAUCUGCCAGUGCUAUCAAGGUUGUCAUGGGAACACCUGUUUGAUGACUGCAGGUGGUAUUCAAGCACAUUACCAUAAUUCUGUGGAAGAAAUGUUUUGUCUCCAUACCUUGGGUAUGCUGGACAGUGCCAUAUUUUUAUUUGUAUUCAAGUAGUCCUGUAUGUACAAUGGCAUGAAUCAGCAUUUUGCCAGUGCUUGUCUCAACUGCUUGUCUUUAGACUGUAUUUUUAUGCCGAGUUAUUUGCCAAACUGCAAGCAGUAUAUCAUUUUAAAGAUAAAUUUAUUUCCUUCUUAACAUUAAAUCACAAAUGUGAUUAAAUAUUACUUAAAGUAAUGGCAGAUAACAUUUUCAGUUGUUAAAAAUGUGCCAUGGUAUUGUGUUUGUGGAGCUGAUAAUAUGUAUAUUAUUUCCUGGUGGUUAAGGUGUGUUCAGUGGUAAGAAUGCACAUGUGUGGUUAGUACCCAGCCUUUCUGUCUGCAGACAUGAUAGAUUGGUUUUGCAUUUAUUCAUUGUAUGUACUUCUACGAGAAAAUCUCUGUACUUUUCACAGUAUACAGUGAGAUAACGUGCAGGUGCCAGGGCACAUUGUAUACUGCGGCUGUUUGUUUUUGUUUUUUUUUUGUUCAACUUUACACAAAAUUUUUGAAACCAAAUUUAUCCAUUCUUGCUAUUUUAUUUUAAAGAAAUCUAGUGAUGAUUGACAAACAUAGUUUGUAAAUGCUGCUUUUUUUUCAUAAUUAAAUAUUGUGUGAAACUUUCUUGUAAGAUAUCCAUCAGUAGAAUAUGUACAUGCAAGUGUACAGGAAGAGGCUGAGUGCCUUUUGCCUGCUGUCUCAUUUCUACUUUAGUAGUACAAUACGAAACAUGCCAGAUUACCAUACAUGUAUUUCAACAAUAAAAUAAUCUGUUUUGGUAAUGUUUUCAUGAUGUUCAUAGCAUCAAAUCAUGUUUGUAUGAAGUAUUUAGAAUGGAAUUCACAAACAUGUGAUCAGUGUUAUACAAAUACAUUUGUGUACAUGUAAUUUUACCAGUGGUACACCAGCUCUUUUGUCAAAUCAUCAAACGUAUUUUUAAGUUUGUGCAAAAGCAAUGUUACUCAAGGCCGUUGUUGAGGAUUUAAACGCUGGUCGAUGUGUGGGCUUUAACUCUGGAGAAUAACAUAAUGGUGAUGAAAAAUUUUAAAAAACAGUAUUCAGGGAAUUACCUUUCAUGGCAUCAAUAACAGAAAUUAGCUGUACAUGUACACUCACUUUUGUACUGUGACAAUUUUUGCAGUCCUCUAUUUUGGAGAUAUGUGUAUUUUUGGAAGCUUUUAUAUGCUAACUGUACAUGUAUGUGCACAUUUGUCUACAUACAUCUAGACCUGCGCAUAAAUGGCAUGCAUCGUCUGUCUCUGCCUGAGUUGGCUUGAACUGGAUCAAGGGUUGAAAUUCCAUGCUAUGUCAGGCCGUAUGAGCAAGGCUUAAACUGCCUCAUGUCUAUGCUGAGACAUAAGCUGGUUUCUCAAGUUGUUGAUGUACUACCUACAUACAGGUUUAUGCAAGUCAGUCAGUUGUGAUUUCUAUGUUCAUACACUGUCAUCUAUCAUCUGUACACAGAAUGAUGAGUGAAAACAGUCCUAAUGCCAAAGCUGACUGCCUUGAAAACAAGACCUGUAAUUGCACCUUAAAACACUUUUUAUUUAUUUGAUUGGUGUUUUACGCCAUACUCAAGAAUAUUUCACUUAUACGACGGCAGCCAACAUUAUGGUGGGUGGAAACCGGGCACAGCCCGGGGGAAACCCACAACCAUCUGCAGGUUGCUGCCAGACCUACCCACUUACGGCUGGAGAGGAAGCCAGCAUGAGCUGGACUUGAACUCACAGCGACCGCAUUGGUGAGAGGCUUCUGGGUCAUUACGCUGUGCUAGCACGCUAACUGACUGAGCCACGGAGCCCCCCCCUAAAACACUUUAUAAGAAAAUGAAGUAUUAAAUGGAAAUCAU